CUUAAAUGACUUCUGCCUCGCAUUAGUCUUCAUUCCACUCCUUCACAAUGUCCAUGAAACGAGGAAACUCCAGGGCUCCGUCGCCAACGCCCACGUCGUUCUCUGGCAUCUCCAACUACCGCAACACAGACUCGUAUCGAGCUGGCCGUGACAAGAAUGCCCCUGGUGUUCCCCCAAUCGACUACCGCCAGAUCUCCAAGACACAUUUUGAGGAACUUUCCAAAUACUUAGCAGCGUACCUAACCCGAACCCAACCAAACUCGCGGUCAUCCGCAAGGCAGAAGCUUACCCGCUUGACCAUUCAACAAUUCCACGAACUAUCGACGGAUGUCUAUGAUGAGUUGAUGAGGAGAAAGACCGAACAGCAAGUCCCUUUCCUCCCUGUGCGCGAAGACUUCCAUCCCAAACGCAACCAGGCACGCCAGAAGCUUGCCACUCUUCCUACCUCGAGGUUCGAGGACCUCUCCAGCGAUGUUUACUUCGAACUUGCACGCCGAUACCCCGAAUUCAAAGAAGAUCCCUCUGGAAGGGACAGCAAUUAUGACGACUACCCUGCACCUGACUUUCCAACUAAUUCUAAUGGUCCGUCUCGCACUGGCCCGCCAUCCAGAACCUCGACCGAUCGACCAUCGGACAGCGGUUACAGCUCUGGACGAAGAUCGGAGGAUCGACGCCGACCGAGUGAAGACUAUCGUCGUGGUGAUGACAACCCGUACUCAAGCCGUGGAAUGGACGGUAGCUAUUCUCGCCGGAAGCCUUCACAAGACAUUUCUCGCAAGUCAGAAGAUCGCGAACGAGAACCAUUUGGAAGACGGCCAAGUGCGUCUGCAAGCAACGCCAGCGAUGGCACUGCAACGGCUCCGCCACAGAGCACAACUGCAACCAGUGCAAUGAUUAUUCCCAUCAAGAGUACGAUGGAAGAAGAGUAUAUCGAAGUUCCCUACGGAAGGGAAACACGAGAAAGUAGUGGGACGCUUGACACACCUGGGCCAGAGGCACGGGAUGCUCUUCUCGCUGAAGACAGUGCUAGUGAUUACCCCAUGAGUCCUAGAAGUCCACCGGGUGGACUGAGCGGGCUCAGUGCUCGGUUGAAGAUGGACGACGAAGAGGAUGAUGGCCCCGCAGCAGGAAACAAGAGCGGAGACGAUUACUUCGAUAAGUACGGACGUUCGUCCGUCAAUUCAGACAGAUCUGCAAGUGGUCGGGGAUUCGGAGGUCGCGCCAGUGUUGGAGGUGAUGCAGAUAAAAUACGGAGGGACUACGAAUACAAGAUCGCAACCAUGCAAACCCAAAUCACGAACCUCCAGAGAGAGGUCGAUGACGCGAAGAACAGGGAAUUGCAAUGGGCGGACGCACAGUCUCGUGUCGACCAGCUGGAGAAUGAGUUGGACAGUGUUCGACGGAAAUCCGAAGAACAAUCUGCGACUAUCCUUAACCUUCAGCAGGAACUUGAAGACCUGCGCGAAACACGACAACGAGAGAAGGAAAGAGAGGCACGACGGAUUCAAGACGACGAGGAAGAGCUUCAAAUUCUGCGGGAUCGUUGUGAACGCCUCGAAUCUGAGCGCGGUCAAGGUAUCAGUGAGGGAGAUAAGGACCUUGUCGAGCAGCUGCGAAACGAUAUGGAAGGCCUCCUUGUGGAGCUGGACAACCUCAACCGGCGCAAUGACGAGUUGAUGACUGCAAAGGACUCUGAUCUAGCUGUCAUUCGCGAUCUCGACGCCCAGUUGAAAGAGUACAAGCGCAAGUACGAGCAAGCCAAGACGGAAUUGCGCAGUGUCAAAGCUACGUCACAACUGUUCCUUCCAACCCCCAAGUUCGAGAAAUCGGAAGACCAACUGCCUGUCGCUCCAGACGGCGGUGUACUGGAUAUCCACAUCACUGCGUUUAUGACCGCUAUCGACGCGCUGCUUACCGCUGGCCGUUCGAAUGCCCCUACCCGCGUGCUCACUCCUAUGAAGACGGUGGUCAACGCGGUCACCAACAUCGUAGAAGAUGUCCGGUCAUUCGAACGGAAGCCCAAUCGUGACCCCGAAGUGGAUGUGGAUGCCUUGCGCGCCCUCCGUGAUAGAGCCGAAGCGACCCUGAGCAAUCUUGUGGCUGCGACCAAAACCCACGCGACAAGCCACGGCAUGUCCCCAGUCAGUCUUUUGGACGCUGCAGCCAGUCACGUCUCGACGACGAUAACUGAAAUUGCGAGAACCGUCUGCAUCCGAAAAGCAAGCAAGCAAGAACAAGAGCAGUUCUCGUAUAGCUCUCCGCCACCAACGGCGACGAAUGGUUACGCACCCAACCUGCGGUCUGUCGACGAAAGUCAGUUUACCCCAAGUCACCAACGAAAGGCUAGUCAAGCAUCGUCCAUCUCGUCAACCAGAAACCGUUUCCUAGAGUCUCCGCCAUCACCUCCUACUAGAUCACAACCUGGACCGAGCGCAGGUGCCCAGAACGAACACACCGCGCCUGUUGAAGGAGAAGAUGCCUGGGCGGAACUCAAGCCAUACCUCGAAGCUCAGACCGAAUCCAUUGUCUACGCCAUUCAGAGCGUUCUUUCUGCUGUCCGGAGCCCAGCACCACCGCCGACGUUGAACGAAAACCUGACGCAGAUCAUAACGAUCGUGUCAAGCAUCGUUGCAGUGUGCAACGAUAAUAUUCCUUCUGCCUCUGUGCAGCAAGGGAAUGAUUACCUACGGGAGCUGGUUGAACAUGCGAACAAGCUCAGCGAAGUUCAAGCAUUGCCUGAUAUCACGAAGGAGUCACGACAGGUUAUGGCUAAAUCGUCGUUCGCUAUUGCGAACGCAAUGAAGGGUCUCAUGAAGUUGUGAUUAUGGAUUCUUUGGACUCGUUACAUACACUGCAAAUACCACUGCAGGCCAGUUGUGUCUCGAUUGUUCACCAGAUUGGGCUUUUUUUAUUUCUUCAUGUAUGUCUUUAUGCUUCACCCUUUAGCUUUAUACCUAUCCGCAUGUGUCACUUAGUUGGAAACGUAGUCAACGA